UUUCAGCAGAGCGGCCCUUUAUUCCCCCACAAGGCGAGCAGCACCCGCAGCCUCUCCGUCCCGUCAUGAAACAGACUCUGAGUGAACUGAUGAGAAUGAGCAGGAUAUGCCGGAUGGUAUUUGCCACUUGUUUGGGAUCAAUAAUUCUGGUCAUCUUUUAUUUCCAAAGUAUGUUCCAACCAGUCAUGCGGAGGAACCCCUUUGUGGUGGACGGCUGCUGUAGGAAAGGGUCCCGCAAUGCCCUGCAGGAGCUCUACAGUCCCACACAGUUGGAGUUGUCUGGAGCAGCUGUCCUUCACCAGGCCAGGAGGGAUCAGGUAGUGGAUGCAUGUCGAGUCUACAGUGCGUCCAGUCGUAAGCGCAGAGUACUGACACCCGGAGAUCUCAAACAUCUUGUGGUGGAUGAGGACCAUGAACUCAUCUACUGCUAUGUCCCCAAGGUGGCCUGUACCAACUGGAAGCGCGUCAUGAUGGUGCUUACAGGCCGGGGUAAAUACAGUGACCCAAUGGAAAUCCCUUCCAAUGAAGCCCACAUUCCCUCCAACCUGAAGACGCUGAAUCAAUACAGUAUUGCUGAGAUCAACCACCGCCUCAAGAACUACCUCAAGUUCCUCUUUGUUCGCGAGCCCUUUGAGAGGCUGGUCUCUGCAUACCGCAACAAGUUUACCCUCAAGUACAACUCAUCCUUCCAUAAGCGCUUUGGCACUCGCAUCAUCCGGCGCUACCGCAAGAAUGCCACGCAGGACGCCCUGCUCAAUGGUGCUGAUGUUAAAUUCAAAGAGUUUGCAGAGUACCUGGUGGACCCGGCCACGCAGCGCGAUGGUCCACUCAACGAGCACUGGCAGACCGUUUACCAGCUUUGUCAUCCAUGUCACAUCCACUAUGACCUGGUAGGCAAAUAUGACACACUGGAAGCGGAUGCAAACUAUGUGCUGCGGCUGGUGGGUGUUGGCGACUCCUUGCAUUUCCCAAGCUAUGCCAAGUCCACUCGGACCACAGAUGCCAUGACGGCCCAGUUCUUUAGCAAUAUCAGCACUCAGCAGCAGAUCCAACUCUACCAGCUUUACAAGUUGGACUUCCUUAUGUUCAACUACUCCACACCCAGCUACCUCCGGCUGGACUAAUGGAGGACAGAGCUGGGACUCUGAGAAUGGCUACCUUGUUUAAGGAGAGGCAAGAAAAUGAGUGGAAAGAAUUCUUUGGAGGCAAACUUGAUUUAAAAAACUGUAGUUGUAACUUUCAGGCAUGGGGUCUGAAUUAGACAUAUACACAUGUGCUGAAAGAAAGAAGGGUAAUGUGUGCUUGUCUGGGCAUAGGGGGGAGGAUGUCCAAUCAACUCUGUGCGAUACAGAGAGCACUGCUUGGGUGAGAACGUAGGCUAAAUGGACCAAAUGCAUGCAAAGACUAAACUGUGGGUGAAGCAGGUCUUCAAGGUGUUUUAUAAGGGGAACAAAGGACAGACUAGAAGAGAGAUUCUCCUGAUGGUUGCUUCAGAUUCCACAAAGCAAACAGCGGCCUCGCACGUGCCCUGACCCCAAUGCAUCUUGGGAGCUAAGCUUAUCUCCCCCUCCCCCUGAUCAACAGAGAAACUCCGUCAAAUUGUAAAACACAAUCCAUGCCCUACACUGCGCUGUCAGCAUGGUGUGUUAGCAUCCAUCACCCUUGUCCUCAUUAGAUGCAUAUAUUUCAGAGGGAAACCAGCUCAUCACAGCCUCAAGAAUGCCCUAUGAUAGAUGGCUAAUGACUUCACUCUUAAGACUUCUACAACCACAAUGACUGUAACUAUGGCCUUCAGCCAACUUUUUUAACUAAGCAAGUUGUCACUGGUCUCUUUCAUUAUGAUGUUGGGACCUCUUGUGUUACACCUUCAGGACCCUGAGAAAACGAAGACUCCUGCUGCAGCAGUUAAGUGUGGAGGUGCUUAAUAAAUCAUUGUCUGUAACACCAAGCAUCCUUAACAUUGAAAGCUACAGGACGUGGUUAGACAGGUACGUCCUCACGUGACUGGGUGCAUCAGCUGUGAGAGACAAGUCUGCGCAGAACGUCUUAGCUGAAAAACGAAAAAGAGACAGCCUGUGUGGUUGCAAAAGAGUUAAAGUCACUGGAUCUCAUAACCCUGUCCUGCGGUGCCCCACCAUGCCCCGCGAGGGGCUCAGCGGACACAUCCAGGGACUGCUCAGUCGACCAAACAUGUCUUUCAGUAAAUUAAGAUUAUCCUUUUGUCCUCAUGCUAAUUUGUAUUUUUAUUGUCUCAUGAAUUAUGAAGCAUUGCUGCAAGCAGCAAUAACAAAAGAUUAUUUAAUUAGCUUUGUUGAUUAAAGAGAGAAAGGUUUAAUUGGGUUGUUUUUUUUCUGGGCUAAUGAACAUUUCAUGAUUUUUUUUUAAAGUUAAAGUGUUGUUAUUGUUUUGUCAUGUUGAUUUCCGUCUUCACAACUUGCCUCUGAUACAUCAUUAGUGCACUGCAGCACUUUCAUUUCUGAAGGGUAUAUGGCACAUUUCAGCCCAUGGCUUUGUCCUUCUGUGUCUGUGACAUCACAGAUUUAUGAGUUAUUUCCCAUUUCCUGUUGUCAAACAUUUGGUGCCAAAAUGGCUGUGAGAGCCUCAGAGAUCCACACUCAGUGUUCAGUACACAUCACUGCCCUUAAGCAAAUUCAUGGGAAGACCCCCCACCCCCAAAACCAGAACAUGAGAACUGGCUGCUGCUCUCAAUGUACAUAUCAACAAUCUACUGCCCACAUCACAGAGUCAGAGACUGUAUCUCAUUGUGUGAUGUGAUUAAUGCUAGCGAUGCUAAGCAAUGUCAAGGUUAAUAACCGCACUCUCCAUCACGCUGUGAGUUGGAUUACAGGCUGUUGUGUAAGCAUUAUACAGGAGAGGGGGAGAGAGUCGUUUCAUUUUUUACACCUCCUCUAAAUUCUAAACCAUCCAGAAUUAAAUAGGUUUUUUGGAAAAGCUGCAUCUCUUUGUUGCUCUUGAUGGAACCAGGAAUAAUACUUUCUAUGCAUUUGGGCAUAUGGUACGUUCUCCCAUCUCUCCAUUUAACAAAACCCUAGUUUUAAAGGUUUUAUUUAGGUAGUUUCGUCCAUCACUCCUGCUGGUAAUGUUAAUAUUUGACUCAUUAGAUUCAGUGUAGAGAGAUUGUUAAUGCUGUGGCACUGCUAGGCAAAGCCGGAUUACUUUAUGGUAAAGCAGGUAAAGAACAGUAAAAACGAACAUGCUGACAGUCUUAAAGUUGUUCCUUUUUUAUAAAGUGACCUCGAGGUUCUUGCUUGAAGAAUGUCCAUGCCAAAUCUAGUAUUAAGAUCUGCAUUUUUGCACUUACAUGGCAAAAAAACUGGUAAUUUCUGUUGGUGCUAAUCCCUCAAGGCCCCCACAGCCCAAGGUUCACUGUUUGGGAAUUGAUUUGUGCACUACUAAAGCACAAUGUCAGCUGGGAUUGGCUUCAGCCCACUGCUACCCUGUUAAAAGGAGAAGCAAGUAUAACUAAUGGAUGAUAAGGGCCUUUAGAUGGGUCCGGGUUUAUUACCUGAUCUUUAGGCCCUUUAAAGUCAAGUCAAGUUCAGUUAUACAGCCCAAUAUCACAAAUUUGUCUUAGCAAACUUCACAAUUUGUAUAACAUACAGUAUGAUACUGUGUAUCUGUAGACCCUCAAAAAGCAACCAAACACACAAUAGACCAAAAAGGAAGAUUUCGCAGACCACUCAGAGGAACCCAUUUUCCAGAGUGGAUAGACAUGCACUAGGUGCACAAUGGAUGAAAGUAACAGUAGUAGAACUAUAAUAAAAGAAAUGUUAUAAAUCAAAUAUACAAUAUACAAUAUACAAUAUUCAGCUUUGAGUGAUAAGUGUUACAGGGGGUUUCUAUAUCAAAAUCUAGUUUUAAGACCUUCAUUUUUUUCAGCAAAUUCUGUGCUAACAUGGUGCAUAUUCUUUAAUCAAUUUACAAACCUGUAAUAUUCCAGCAUAGGAAUGCACAGUAUUGGAUUUUUGCCAGAAUCCAGUAUGCUGAGAUUUUCCAUCUGAUUUUAGUCAAUUGCCAAUACUGAUGCCUAUGUAUACACAUAUAUUUUUUUCCACUGAAUUGCAGAGAACAUUAAUUCUCUCCUGUAGUGGGAUUACCAUGUUAUCAUGCCUACUUUUUAUUAUGCUGGCCCACUGGCAGAUGCAAACAUAAAACACAGUACGUUUCAAAAUCAAAAUGUACACAUUCAUUAGGCAAAAUAAGAAAACUACUUCAUCUUAGUUACACAAGAAACAUGCAAAAAACUGUAAAAUGUUUCCUACUUUAACAUGCUUGGUUGAUGCUCUCUCCAAGACAAUCCUGACAAUAGCCACAAUCAGGGCAAAUUCAACUUUCAUUCAUUCAUUCAUUGUCCGUGCUUAUCCCUAACCCUCCAGCCUCCUAACCCUAACCAGGUUUGCGGGGAGUUGGAACCAUCCCAGCUAAAAUUGGGCAAGAGGUACAUCCUGGACAGGUCACCAGACUAUCGCAGGACUGACACUUAGAGAUAGACAACCAUUCACACCUACUGGCAAUUUAUAGUCAUCAAUUAACCUAACCUACAUGUCUUUAGAGUGUGGGAGGAGGCCGGAGAACAUGCAAACUCUGCACAAAAGGGCCCCAGCCCACUGUCAGAUCAAACCCAGAACCCUCUUGUUUUGAGGUGACAGUGCUACCACCAGGCCGACCCAAAUUCAGUCAUCUUACCUAAUAAAAGUUGCAUAAUUAAAGCCUGAUCUUAUCGGCCUGUCCUUUAGGCAAAAAUUUUCAUUUUAAAGCCUCUGUCUAUUGAUACCGAUAAUGUGCUGAUAUUAUUGUGAAUCCUUAAAUAGGAAUACUUCACACUGUGCAGACAGAGGGGGAAAGUUAAGGGGGUUAAAGAGGGGCCAGUGGCUAAUUUUUGCCCCGAGGAUGCUCAGCAGGUUAAUCCAGCCCUGCUCGUAGGCACAGCUUUAGUCUAGUACUAUGAAAGGUAAUUAUUAUUA